GCGGAAGGUCCGGCCGCGAGCGCGUUGCUGAGAGCUGCUAGCGGACCAGACCACGUUUUUUCUGUGAUUUCUACUUACUGCGGGCUGUAUUCAAAGGAUCCCGGGAGACUCAAGCCACGCAAUGGAGAAAGUGACCUUUGCGGAUGUAGCGGUGAACUUCAGCUCGGCAGAGUGGGCUUUGCUGACUCCAUCCCACAAGAAACUCUACGGAAGUGUGAUGUGGGAAACACUUAUGAAUAUGACUGCUAUAGGAAGAACAUGGGAUAACCAGAAAAUUGAAGAAGAGGACAGAGAUCGCUCAGGAAAACUAAGAUGUGAUGCAGACAAUUAUUUACAGUUUGAAGAGAAGCGAUAUAAAUGUAAUGAACAUGGAAAACCCUUCAGUGUUUUCCUGUCCUUCGAAAAGCACAAAAUCAGAAAGACUGGAGAGAAACCCUAUCAAUAUGAGCAGUGUGGAGAGGCCAACUUUGAUCUUAGUGAACGAAAUCAUCUUGGUGAACGAAAUCACCGUGGAGAGAAAACUUUUGUAGGUAAAAAAAGUGUGAAAACCUUACCAACAAACAGUGGUGUUGAAAUCCAUAAAAGAAGUCACAGUUUGAGGAAUCCACAUGUAUACAAGCACUGUGAGAAUAGUUUUAUUUCUUCAUACUGUAUUCAGAUAUGUGAAAGGAGACAUGCUGGAGAGAAACCCAAUCUAACUAAGAAAUACGGAAAAGCAUUAGCUCUUAGUAGUUCCUUUCAAAAACAUAAAAAAAUUGAAACUGCACAGACAACCUCUGCAUGUGAGCAAAGUGGGAAAGCGUUCAGUACACAAAGUCAUUAUCAAAGUCAUGAAAGUAUUCACGCUGAGGAGACACCCUCUGUAUGUAAGCUAUGUGAAAAAUCUGUAGAGCAAAAUAGCAAACUUACUGUUCAUGAAAGAAUUCACACUGGGGAGAAACCCUAUAUAUGUAAGCAAUGUGGAAAAGCAUUCAGUUCACACAGUCACUAUCAAAAUCAUGAAAGAAUUCACACUGGGGAGAAACCCUAUGUAUGUAAGAAAUGUGGGAAAUCUUUCAGCAAAAAUGGUACACUUACUAUACAUGAAAGAAUUCACACAGGGGAGAAACCCUAUAUAUGUAAGCAAUGUGGGAAAGCAUUCAGGAGACACAGUUACUGUCAAAGUCAUGAAAGAAUUCACACUGGGGAGAAACCGUAUGUAUGUAAGCAAUGUGGGAAAGCAUUCAGCCAAAAAGGUAGCCUUCUAUUACAUCAAAGAAUUCACACUGGGGAGAAACCCUAUAUAUGUAAGCAGUGUGGGAAAGCAUUCAGCAGACACAGUAACUGUCAGAGUCAUGAAAGUAUUCACACUGGGAAGAAGUCCUUUGUAUGUAAGCAAUGUGGGAAAUCUUUCAAUGCAAAUAGUAAACUUAUUGUACAUGAAAUAAUUCAUACUGGGGAAAAACCCUAUGUAUGUAAGCAGUGUGGGAAAUCUUUCAGUCAAAAGGGUAGCUUGAAAAGACAUCAAGUAAUUCACACUGGGGAGAAACCCUUUGUGUGUAAGCAAUGUGGGAAAUCUUUGAGCCAAAACCAUACCCUCCUUGUACAUGAAAGAAUUCACACUGGGGAGAAACCCUACGUAUGUACGCAGUGUGGAAAAUCUUUCAGGCAAAAUAGUAGCUUGAAAAGACAUCACAGAAUUCACACUGGGGAGAAACACUAUAUAUAUAAGCAAUGUGGGAAAGCAUUCAGUUCACACAGUCAUUGUCAAAGUCAUGAAAGAACUCGUAUUCAGUAAAAGCCUUAUGUAUGUGGAUGUAUGGAAAAGGAUUUGCUAAGAACACAUAUUGUCGGGGCUGGGGGUUUAGCUCAGCAGCACAGCGCCUGCCUGGCAAGCUCAAGGUCGUGAGUUUGAUUCCCAGUACCGAAAAAAAAAAAACACCCACCACAUUUUGUCAACAUAGAAGGUCCCACUCUUGGGAGAAACCAUAUGUUCAUAAAGAGUGUGUGAAAGCAUUCAGUACACAGUCACUGUGAAGGUCAUGAAACAUGUCACACUGGGAUAAAAACCUGUGUAUUUGAAAAAUGCAGAGGAAUAUUUGCUGAUCAGUCCAAAUUGUGUGCACAUAAAAAAUCCCACACUGGG